AUUUUUAAAAUGAGCAUAAUUUACUCAAAUUGUAAAAAAACACAACUUUCUGAUGAAAUAAAGCUAAAUGUUUCACACACUGUUAUCUAUAAAAGCUAUGUUUAGCUCUUCAAAUUCGGUUAAAGAUUUUAUCUGGAAAAGAGGAAUUAGUUUUUUAAAUAAACGUUAGUUGUAUUGCUAGUGAAAAUGUUGUCUGAUUAUGCAUGUUUAAACUUUGAAGGAUUUUACUCAAAUCCUACAAAACAAGAGAAGCAAAUGUUGCAUUCAAGUACAAAAGCGAAAAUUUCUAACAAUCCCUUAAUGGGACGUAAAACUGCUCGUAUUUUAGUUAUAUACACUGGAGGAACCAUUGGGAUGAAACAAGAUAAAAAUGGAAAAGGCUACACUGUGGUACCAAACUAUUUUGCUGAUGCUUUAAAAAAGCUGCCAAUGCUUUAUGAUGAAGAAUAUGUUAAGAGUGGAGCUGAAGAAAUUCAUAACAAUAGUGACUUAGAUCUACCCUACAAUAAAUAUCCACAGUUAGUUAUGCCGCUUUCUAAAAUGGGCACAAGAGUUUUUUAUUACUUAAAAGAACAUGACCCGAUUCUGGAUUCAUCAAAUAUGUCCAUGCAUCAUUGGACACUUAUUGCUAAUGAUGUUAAGAAACAUUAUCAAUACUUUGAUUCUUUUGUAAUUCUUCAUGGAACUGAUACUAUGUCCUAUACAGCGUCUGCAUUAUCAUAUAUGUUUGAGAAUCUAGAUAAAACUGUUAUAUUGACUGGUUCUCAAAUACCAAUAUUUGAACAAAGAAAUGAUGGACGUAGUAAUUUUGUUGGAGCCCUAGAAAUAGCUGGUCAUUUUAUAAUCCCCGAAGUUACUCUUUUUUUUAACAAUAAGUUGUUUCGCGGAAACAGAACACAAAAAGCUAGUGCAUCAGAUUUAGAUGCAUUUGCUUCUCCAAAUCUGCCUCCACUUGCAAAACUUGGAACAGAAAUUGAAAUCACGUGGGAUGCUGUAUUUCCUAAAACAACAAUUAUGCCAUUUACUGUUAGAGAAGAAAUGAGCGAGAAUGUUGGAUUAUUGAGAUUAUUUCCUGGAAUAAAUGCCAAAAUUGUUAGAGCAUUUUUGUCUCCACCAAUGGAAGGUAUUGUAAUAGAAUCAUUUGGUGCUGGUAACAUUCCAUCAAAUAGACCAGAUCUUGUUGAUGAAUUUCGAAAAGCUGCUGAACGUAAUGUACUUAUUUUGAAUAUAACACAAUGUUAUAAAGGCUCUGUUUCCGAUGCUUAUGCAGCUGGAAAAGUUAUGUAUGAUAUUGGUGUCAUACCUGGAUAUGAUAUGACACCUGAAGCUGCACUUACAAAAAUGGCUUAUGUGUUAGGAAACAAAGAUCUAACAUAUGAAGAUCGUAAAGAAUUGUUGUCUAGAAAUCUUCGUGGAGAGAUGACUAUUCCACAACAACAGCGACAGUAUUCAAUGAGAGAUGGAGAGUUUGUAAAAUCUGUUGCUGAAGCUCUUCGAGUUAGCUCCUUAAGAGAAAUGAAUUGUGUACGACGGGCAUUGCUUCCAAUUAUGCUAACAUGUGCUGCAAAGGCAGGAGACCUUGAGACAAUUAAGCAGCUGAUUUCUCAAGGAGCUAAUUUAAAUGAACCUUCUGACUAUGAUGGUAAAACAAGUUUACAUUUAGCAAGUGCAGAAGGUCAUAUAAAUGUUGUAACAGAACUUUUAAAAAAUGGUUCAUCUGUGUAUGUUCGUGAUAGGAGAGGAAGAACUCCUUUGUUUGAUGCCAUAAGAAAUAAACAGUACAAAGUUGUCAAAGUUCUACUCAGUGUUGGAGCAAAAUUUGAUCAUGAUGACAUUGAAGUGACAAGAGAACUUUGCAUUGCUGCAAAUGAGAAUGAUGUUGAAAGAUUGCGUCUAUGGAAUUGUGCAUGUGUUGACAUGAAUCAAGUAGACUUAGAUGGGAGAACCCCAUUACAUGUGGCCGUUCUGAAACAUAGUAUUGAUGCUAUACGUUUUCUUGUAUUUGAUGUUGGUGUCAAUUCAAAUAAGAAAGAUAUAUAUGGUAGAACACCACUCGAAAGUGCUAUCAAGUUAAAUUACACUGAUAUCAUCAACAUGUUAAUUAGAGCUCCGAAUACAAAGUUACCAAAUGUUUUGAAUGAGCGAUUAGAAGAGAACCUUGACAAUAUUUAUUCCAUAAAUGAUUUAAAUCAUAACAAAUUAAUAAACUGCAAAAUGAACUUCUUUGCAUAGCUUAACGUUGUGAAAUAUGUCACUAAAAUAAAUACAUAAAGAAAAUGUCAACAUAUCUUGCAUUAAUGUUAACGACGUCUUAAUAGACUUUUUAUUUACUAUCAGAGUUAAAUAUUUGAAAAUAAUAAUUUUUAAAUUAUUUACUUGUACAUAAUUGUAUAUAUAUAUAUGUAAAUUAAAACUGUAAAAUAUAGUUUUGUAAAUAACUCUGUAAAUAUUAAUAUUGCAAUAUUCUUUGAUAAAUAAAACUGGAUAAGUUUAAUUUUUCAUUUUUCGUAUAUUGUAAACAUUAAAUUGUAUAACAAAUGUUGCAAUACUGUGUACAUUUGUAUUGUA